CUUCCGGGGUACGGGGUAAAAAGCUGACAUGUUUUGUUUUUGAAGUCUUCCCCAAUUUAGGUCAGUUUCUUUUAACAAGUAUUUGUAUAUAUGCAAAUUCCCACUCGCUAGCAACACUACAGAUGGACGCUCUGCACAGACACCGCUCCCUUUAUAAAGGAACGACUCCGCCAUGGAAAGAAACAUACCGCAGACGCUGUGUAGACAGACUCAAAAACAGCCGGUCGAGGCUGCUGGAGAGAUACCGUCAGAUGGAGGAGAGCCAGCAGGGCGGCGGCUCCGGGGCCUCCACCAUCGUCCAGGAGGUGAUGGAGGAGGAAUGGACGGCCCUGCAGUCAGAGGACCGGAGACUGCCCUCGCUGUGGGGUCCAGACGGCAUGGCAGAGAUGUUCAGUGUCAUGAAGGAGUAUGAUGAACUGGCGGUACUCGAAGAAAUCCAGCAGGAACUCUUGUCUCAAGAAAUGUCUAUUAUUGAAGAAUACGAAAGGAACCUGCAGUUUGAGCAGCAAUACAUAUCGUCUGUUGUGGAAGGGAUGGAAGAGAUCCAUAUCAUUUGCCCUGUGUGUCACACGAACAACUUGAGCAUCAACAGCCAUUUCAUCUCCUGCCCCUGUGGAUUGUACAUUAACACUAAGAAACGGAACAUCACCCCUGAUGUCCUGCGGCAUCUUCUGGAGACCAGGGUGUCGGAGCACAUGGAGGACUGUCUCCACAACCCGAUUUUCUCUGUAGCUCCCAACACAGAACUCUCACCCAACCUGAUGAUAAGCUGCAAGGUUUGUGACUACCUGUCCGUUGUCCUGUGAAAGAAGACGCGGCUGUCAUGAGUGACCUACCUUGUGAGAUUUGAUUUUCUCUGUAUGUUUUGUGAAAUAAAGGUUAUUUUUUAUAUUUAA